CAGUAUUUGUUUUCAUAUUUAAUAAGAUGCUUGUAAGCGAUUUUUUUGGAAUUUUAAUGAAUAUGAAAUUUUGAUUACAAUUCUAUUUCCUUCAUCUAAUAAUGCGGAUUAUUCGAACUUUUGCUUUGAACUUAUUGAUUAAUUUUAUUUUAUCAACAGUGAUAUGAUUGAAAACUUGUCUUCAUAUUUAAAUAAGAGAACUUUAUCGUUUAUUGAGAUUAAAAUGCAUUCAUGACAGGCAAACAUCUUAAAACAGUCUGUGAAAUAUGGUAUCUAUAUAAAUAUUUAAUGUAAGCAACUGAAUCAAUUAAUAAUAUAUUUUUCAUUUUUUAAUGUAUAUUUUAAAAAAAUAGUUUUAAUAUAAAUAAAAAAAACAUAAUGGAAAUCAAUUAUUUCUCUACAACUGGUUUUGCUUGCAAAGCAGACGAAAAUUCUUCAGAAUUGGCAUAUAAACUUGAUCACUCAAAUAAUGGUUUUGAUUGUGGAGAAUGGUUGACUGGAAUAAAGAUAAAAAAUGAAAGUGAAUUUAAUUGUAAGACAAAUAAUAGUGCAUUAGAAUUAGCUUGUGAUCAAGAUAUAUCAAAUAAUAAAUCUGAUUGUGUAGAGCAGAUGACAGGAAUAGCAAUACAAUCUAAUUUUAAUUACAAGAACAUAGAUAAUUCAUUAGAAUUGGCUUGCAAACAAGGUACAUCAAAUAAUAAUUCUGUUUGUGAAGAGCAGAUAUCUGGAACAGAGACAGAAAAUGAAUUUAAUUGCAAGAAAGGGUAUAAUGCACUGGAAUUAGCUUAUAAACAAGAUAUAUUAAGUAAUAAAUCUGAUUAUGAAGAGCAGAUGACUGGAAUAAAAAUAAAAACUGAGUUUAAUUACAAGAACAUAGAUAGUUCAUUAAAAUUAGCUUGUAAACAAGAUAAAUUAAAUAUUAAUUCUGAUUGUAAUGAACUAUUAACUAGGAUACAGAUGAAAAUUGAAAAAGGUUUUGAUUCCCAUGUGGAAGUUGCUUAUAAACAAAAUAUAUCAAUUGAUGACUUUGAACAGCAAACAAUUGGAAUAAAAAUGGAAUCUGGAAGUGAUUUUGAUUGUCAUAUAGAGGAAAAUUCAGUUGAAUCUAUUUAUAACCAAGAUACAUCAACUGAUGUUUCUGAUUGUGAUGGAAAGAUGACUGGAAUAGAAAUGAAAAUUGAAAAUAAUUGUAAAGAACAGUUAAAUUCAGUGGAACCAUCUAAGAAAUAUGAUUUAUCAGAUAAUGAUUCUGAUUAUGAAGGAAGGGGAAGUGCAUUAAAGUUAACCGACAUUUAUGAUCCUUCUACAGUUGAAUUUAAUUCAAGGAUAAACACACAAACACAAUCUGAUUCCUGUGAUGAUUCAAAUGAUUUUGAUGAGGAGACAAUAGCCAUGUUAGAACCUAUAGUGAAAUGCGAGGUUUCAGAUGGUACUGUGGUUCUAAAUGAAACACAAAGAGCUGGAUUGGAACCUCAUGAAAAUUGUAGAACCCCAAAAAUUAGCAUUAAUUUUGAGAAAUCAAAAAAUAUAGUAGCAGCAACCAUAAAAUGCAAUCUUUGUGAUGCAACUUUCAAAAGUAAAAAAAGAUAUGAAACUCAUUUGGAGAGACAUUCCUUAAAUGAAAAAAUUGAGUGUAAUAUGUGUGGUAAGUCUUUUCCUUAUAAUCGUUUUUUAAGACAUAUAAUGGUACAUACUGGAGAAAAACCUCAUGUUUGUAAAAUAUGUGAAAGAGGUUUUAGGUUAAAAAGAGAUCUUAAACAGCAUUCCUUUACACAUACUGGGGAAAGACCUUAUCCAUGCAAAAUGUGUGGGAAGAAAUUUGCUGAUUCAAGUGCUAGGAGGAAACAUUAUCAAACUCAUACCGGAGAGAAGCCUUACACUUGUGAGAUAUGUCAGCGGGCAUUCACUCAAAUAUCACAUUUAAGGGAGCAUCAAGUGACACAUACAAGGGAAAAAGGUCACACUUGUGACAUGUGUGAAAAAAAGUUUACUACAAAGAGUAGCUUGCAGAGGCAUGUGUUGACUCAUAUUAAUUGUUGUGAAAUUUGUGGUGAAACCUUUACUACAAACACUAAAUUAGAACGUCAUAAAGAGCUGCACAAUUCAUCUCGACCAUAUUCAUGUCCAUAUUGCACUAGAAGGUUUGUAAAAAAAACAGAUGUAAACACUCAUGUAUUAAUUCAUUCAGAGGUUAAGGAUGUAAUUUGCACAAUCUGUAAUGGUGCAUUUAAAAGUUAUAGAUAUCUCAGAGUUCAUCAUUAUCAUUAUCACACAGGUAUGGAACCUCCUUAUAUUUGUCCUGUAUGCAAAAAAGGUUUUUUUCAAGAGACGAGUUUGCAGAAACAUUCUGUUGCACAUAUGCCUAAGAAACGAGUUAAGUGUUUUGAGUGUAAAAAAGUCUUUGCUUCACCAGAAAUUUUAGAACAACAUAUCUGUAUUCUAGAUAGCUAUUUUAAUUGUGAAUUUUGUGAUAGAAAGUAUCGACAUAAAUCUGAUUUAAAUAAACAUGUACGGAAAUUUCAUAAGUGAUUAUUAUUUAAUGUCAAAUUUUAUUUUGCUUGGUCUUCUGAAUAUCUUAAUUAAUAAGAAUAAACAAAUACAAUAUAUGAAUAAUAUAGAAUUUUAUGUAAACUCUCUAAAUCUCUACAAAUGUUCUACCUGGUUAUAGAAUUUUUUUUAAAAAAAUAUCAUUUAUUGAUAUGUUUUUGCAAUACAUGUACACUAAUAUUUCCCUCAUAGUGACAGCAGAUUAGAAUAAUGUACAAAUAAGUCAUUUCUUAAAAAAACAAGUCUUCCUUAUUUCAUCAAUGUCUUGUUCAAUAGGAUACUUGAUCAAGAAACAGCCUUUUUCAAAUAGAUUAUAUUUAUUUUAUGAUUGUAUUACUAAAUAAUUAUUGUAAAAUAUAAUUGUUUAUAACUCAAAAGACUUUUAUUUAAUACAGUUAUUGUUUAUGGUACUUGCCAAUUGUAAUGGCAACCAAAAAGCGCCAAGAAAAUUUUUUGCCAAUUUGGGGAUUUCAAUCAUCAAACUAUAUAGCAUGUGAUUCACUUGUUCAAAAUUUUUCAUAAUAAAGAAUAAUGCAUUUAAGUAUAUUCUUAUAAUUUGAUGAAAUUUUUUCUUGACGCUUUUUGGUCACCAUUAAAAUUCAAUUGUACCUUUUUUAUUUUUGCCUUACUAUUCUAAAGCACAAUUUUCAAGGAAAGCAAGAUAGAAAUGUUAAGAAAUAGAAAAUGCUUUUUGUCACAAGUCAGGAAACAACAUCAUAAAGAAACUAGUACUGUGAAGCUGCUCUUCACCCAUAUGUUUCUAAUAUUAAGAAGAGCUUUAACUAUAUAUGUUUAUGUAUGGAUACUGACAAGAACAAAAUGAAAACUCAGUAAAAUUUUUGUUGAAUUCAUGAACAUAGUUAAAGAUUCAGAAAUAAAUUCUAAUAUGGAUCUCAUAAAAUGCAAAUUAUAGUUUUAAAAUCAUUAAAACUGUUGCAUAGCUCUUUAAUAUUUUAGAUUUUUUUACAAAUCAUUUUGUUUUGAAAUUAAUUUUCAUUUUGAGCCAUACAAAUACCUAAAGGAUAUCAGAGAAUUCUACUGUAUUGUCUAAAUAUUUGUCUUUUAAGUUUAUUAUUAUUGACAAUUAAAUUACAUAUUUUAAUGUAAAAAUAUGUAAUUUAAUGAAUAACUUUGAUUUAUUAUUGGACUUGAAUAUGCUCAAAAGCUUUGUUAAAAUAUGCUUGCUCAAGCAGCAUGAAUUUUAAAUGGUAUAAUAAUUAUUACACCCAUUAGGACUUAGAUCUAAAUCAUUUCCAAUAAUUGUGUUCAUUCUACAACUUGUCUGAUACUUUUCUUUAAUUACAAAGUAAAAUGUAUUUAUUUACUAUCUAUUAAUAAUUUUUUAAUAAA